UAAUCAGUUCUCUGCCAAAACCGAUACAGUUGAAGAAUAUGAGCGUGAUUUAAUCCUGAAUAUAAUUCAAGAAGCAUUGGGUUUGAUUUAUUGCCAAACCUCAAAGUCCAUAAUGCAUCCCGUUGAAGCAUUGUACGAAAUCGGUGCCGCAGCUAUUGCUGGCUUGCAGAACAUGUUUCCAGAUAGCGACAGGUUCUUUUUGACUGUAACAAAAGUCGCUGAUCCAGACUACGCUUUCUCGAUUCUAGUCCCACUGUUUGUCAUUCUAAGUCCUAAGCUAUCUUCUGAUAUACUGAUAGUUAGUUUUGUGUCCGAGUGGUGUAACAUCCUGUUGAAAUGGCUACUCAUGGAACAUAGACCGUACUGGUGGGUUAAAGAAAGAGAGCUGCUCAUAAAGCACCCUGUACCUCUGCUAAGACAAACUCAUUUAACAUGUGAAACUGGUCCAGGUUCCCCAUCGGGGCAUGUGAUGGGCUCUGCAGCUGUACUAUUUGCAAUUGUUCACUUUACAAACGAAUCGUUGUCAAGGCAUCAAAGAAUUAGCAAAACGACUAAUACAAGAAUAAAGUUUUUUCUCUGGCUUUUGUUCGGUAUUUUGCUGUUCUUGGUUUCUGCGUCUCGCCUUUACGUCGCUGCGCAUUUUCCCCAUCAGUGUAUCCUCGGAGUACUUGGAGGUGUGAUGAUAGCACGGACGUUUUUAUGCAACUAUAGGAUUUCAACAUGGUGGCGGCAUUCUCGCAGGCCAAAAUUACUCCUGGCCGCCUUAGGCAUGACUAUGAUAUCCUUUGGAUCAUAUUGGCUGCAGAAGGGCCUUGGCAUGGAUCCACAGUGGAGUGUCAAAUUGGCGUUUAAAUGGUGCACCAAUCCGGAGUGGAUUCACGUCAACACAACACCGCUAUUCUCUCUAGUGAGAGUAUCUGGUGCCGCUUUUGGAUUAGCAUUAAUCGCACCUGUCCGAUCCAGGAUAUCUCACUCCGCACAAUCUUCAAGCUACAUAGUUAAAGGAGCCCUGAUUUGCAGCUUGACUAUUGCCUUGCAACUCGCUCAAUCUGCUAUCCCAACUGAUCGAGUACUACCGUUCUACCUCUGCGUCUUCAUGUUAUAUGCUGUUCAACCGUACAUGUACUUAGUUGCAGUGCCGUUCAUGACUAGUGAUAGUCCAACACCAGGACUCAAAGUCGAGUAAUAGGCAACCCAAUGGUUAAUAUUUCAAUUAAGUCAUUUAUAUCUUAUUGAAAAUUUAUUUAUUAAGUGCAGCACAAGAGUCUAGUUAAAGUACCUCGCGGUGCUCUAGUCAAACAAUCUUCAUGAACAGUCAGCGCUGUGUCAUCGACACUGCAGAUUUACUAUUCAUAUUUAUACACAUACACAUAUGCAGUUGAGCUCUGUGAGUGAUUGCAUAGUUGGUUAAUAAUCGUAGAGCAAACUCGAUGAUUGUAGAAGAUUUAAUUGCGAAAGUUCGUAACAUAUUUAGGCCUGUUAUUCGGCGUUUCGAAUGGCAUAGAUUCAAAUCUACGGGUUGGCAGAUCAUCAAAGAUUCAGGAAAAUUUCCAGCAUCUAACAAACUUGACAUACAACUAAAAGUCAGAAAUAAAUCAGUCUUGUAAUUUGUCUGCCAUCGUAUCAUAUCGUAUAAUUAAUAUUUUUUGGAAAUUUCGUCAGGUGCAUAAUGCAUCCAAACUACAUAUAUAGAUAAUAUAUUUAGAGCAAUUAUAUCGAUCGAGUAUCGAAAACAAUAAAAAAGGUUGCAUA